UGCCGGGAGACAAUGCAACGACUUGACAAUGGCAUUGAAUUCGCGCACCAGUUUAUUCAGUUGAAAGGCCAAGUAUUGUCUCAAUAAUGGACCUCAGUGUUCGAAAUGGGUUCCAAGACAACCUACCAAGGACUGUCUUGCUAAUCAUUCGUUGAUUGCUUAUCAACUGAAGCCACAGAUCUCAGUCUCGAAAAAACAUGGCGCGAUCUAGACACCACCUCAGCAUAUGGACCACCCAUCCGCACCCCGGAGCGGCCGACACUGGUGACGGCACCCGUCCAUAGCUAUGGAUUUUACGAUGCCAGCACUGCAGUGAGGCAUCGAUAUCCACUUCAGGGCACUGAAUGGAUCGCGGCAUGGCGGCUGCCUCCUAGAUUCUCAGUGCGCCUUUUGGUGAUGCCGCUGCGAAUUGACGGCGUUCCUGGCAUGCUGUACACUGUUGCACGCCGUCAAAAUGCCGAGUUGAAGGGCCCAUGCAAUGGCCAGAAAGGGAGGUGGUUGUCCGGCCGUCGAGGAUCCGGGACCGCGAUCCAGUCGCGAGGUCGAGUUCCUCUGGGAAGCAUCAUGGCUCUGAAGUGGGAAUCUUUGCUAUCCCUUCAAGUCUCAAGAUACUGGAGACCCAAUCUCACGUCAUUCAUCGCCCACUGAAAGCGCCAAAGCCAAAUCGCCGACAGCCAACAGAUGGCAACCAAGUGGGGAGAAGCACCCGAAAUUGGCUUAGAAACACCGGGCUUGGAUGCCGUAACGAGUUCAAUCGUCGAGGUGUCGCUUUCCGCUCAACAAGACCGCCAUCUAGCAAGCCACGGGCCUAUAGGGCCUAACACCGAAAUGGGAAAAAGACCCUUGACCCAUCACCCACCAGGCCGAGCCUAACCCAAGAUCAACGCCUCAGCCGCAAUGCCCGCCCAGCAAGGCAGGUAAAGCUCGCUUCUUGACCUCUCCCCAGACCCAGACAGGGGGGCUGCACCGUUGCACGAGAAGGGGAUCUGGGGACCCAUCUCCCCAAGGUGGUGGAUGCAUGGGUUUUUUUAGCGUCUUGAACCGCGUCGUCGUCGUCGUCGUUAUCCUCGUCAGCUUCCUGCUUCUUAUGCUUUCCCUCUCCCUUUUCAGUGAAGCUAUUUUAACUCAUGCUUCUUCCCACCACGCUCGCUACUCUUUUAGUUUCGCUGCUGGGUGGAUUUUGUCUUUUGUUUGUGCUCACCAUCCGUGAGGCUGUUGAGCUCUAAGUCUCUUUGACAACUCUAUAGUCGCUGGAGAUGGGUUUGGCUCCCUUUCUCUUUCCAACUUGGUCGGCCUUCCAGAAUCACUUACUCACACCUUUCCGGCCUUGCGAGCAAUCUGUACCCAACACAUCGCUUGAGUGCCAACAGACUCGGCCACAAUGCUCGGAUUGCAUAGGUUGUCGAUCCUCCCGCCAGCUCUAAUUGCGCUUGUUCUCACAUCCAUCCCAUGCGCCGCUGUCAAUAUCGACUUCUUCGACUAUCCGGUCGAUGCAUAUGACUGUUUGAACCAAGCAUCCACUACAUCCAACUGUGCGGCGGGAGCCCCAGCUGAGGCGACCUCGUGCUUCUGCAACAAUGGAGGAAAUUUCGUUACGGGCACGGCCAGGUGUUUGGCAGAGUCGGACCCGGGAGACCUUGCCGAAGUGUAUGGCACGUUGGUAUCCAAAUGUGCCGCAAACCAGACACCUCUGAAUGUUGGCGAGGAACAGUACUAUUCGGCUGCUGGCUUCACUGGUACGGCAAGGUCAACUAAAGCAAUGGUAACCAAGGCUUCAACCACAGACUCCACGCUGAUCUCGGCGCCCACAUCUCUCAUGACAUCGACAUCACCUACGGGAGCUGCCGUCAAAACCGAAUCGGAGGAAACGGCCACGUUCGGAAGUCAUGCCAAGUCAUCACGGGCAGAAGAUGGCAGGGUGAACAAAGAUGAUGGGUUAUCCACCGGGGCAAAAGCGGGUAUCAUUGCUGGCUCGACAGUGGCAGGCGUGGCCGUGUUGGCGAGCCUGGUAAUGCUGUUGGUGCGAUAUAGGAGGAAGAGGGGUAGGGAAGACUCGCACCCGAUGAUUCUAGAGCAGCACGGCAAUAUGCUGCUCAUACCAUCUCCAGCCGAAGCGCGCGCUCUUGAGGAGGGCAACACCUCGGAAAACUCGGGCGAUUGGUCAGACAAGUCCAAAUGGAGACCCUCGUCAAAUCCGACUGCUCAACGCAAGAGCGGCUUUAACUGGGAAUCGCCAUAUGAUCUGGUAUAUAUUGGGGAUGAGCCUGAACCUGAACCCCCAAAGGAAGCAAGAGAAAUGAAAGAAGAGGGCCGCGCUGAGCUCCAGGGUUGCGAUCGCCAACCAGUGGAGAUGUCGACACAAGCGCUAUCGCCAAAAUGGAGAGUGUCGGAUGAUGCUGCACAACGAUACUCGGGAACGGAGUGGGGGGCAGCGGACCUGGCGGGUGAGACAACCGCACUGUCCCAGAGCCGGGGUGAAAGGUCAUAGAAGGUGCAUAAGGUGUGGGUUUCCUGAUGGAUUUGGCUUAGGCUCUAUACCCUGGGGGCUUUUUGUUUUCUUUUUUCCAUUUAAACAAGAAAUUCAGAAAAAACUACUAGAAAACAAUUCAGCUGGGCGGCGUCAAGGGCUCCCAGGUCUGAUUACAGAGAGGGAACAACAGCACAAGAUGACAUACCUAUUGAUAUGGCUUGUGCACUUUCUCUAUAUAAGGUAUGGUCGGAAGCGGAAAGCCCUGAGACUAUUGGCCAGUUGCCUGUUAGCAUGCAAUUAAACAGCGGCAUUAUAAUGCAUCACCA